AUGUCAGGACCUGAUACAACGUUAGCAGAUUUUUUAGCUGUAGAUAUGGUACAAUUUUCCGAGUGGACAGAUGGGUUUAAUAUGUUAUUUGAUAAAAAUAUUGGAUGUAAAGAUACAGCUGAAUUUAUACAAGUAUUGACUGAAAUAGGUGUUAAAGUGAAAUUACUAGAUUUAAGUGGUGAAAGGGUUGAAAUACCUCAAAGCGUUGAAGUUCCUGACGAAUUACCAAUCAUUGAUAAAAAUGGAAACAGAUAA